AUGAAAAAAGAACUUUAGUUAUCUAGGGGAUUUAUAAAAAUAAUAUAUUUCAAUAUUUGUUUCAUGAUUAGCGAAAUUCUUUUUAUGAAGCAUCGCAUUGAAAUGUUUAUUUCCUUACUGAAACGAGAACCAGCGAGAGUGGCCACCACAAAACUUCCUCGCGUACUUCCUAAUAAUGGUGUUGUUUUCUUUCUCCGCCGCAUGAAUGGUUUACCUUGGAUAAGGUUGUGAAUGCCUUGCCUGGCAUGGAUAAAGAAUAGUUAAACAUUAUAGAUCUUUGGCUAUUGAUUGGCGAUUAACCCGAGUAUUCGAUUAAUAUUUAAAUUUACUAAAUCGAAUAUGACACCUUUUUUCUGACGAAUUAAAACAAAAAAAAAAUAAUUAAAAUUGUAGCCAAAAGGUCACAUACCAAAUUUGAUUUAUUUAAAUCAUUGCGUUUUUGAGUUAUUGCAUUUACAUGUAUACGAAGAAUACACAUUUACGUGUAUUUGGCAGAUUGUAUUUAAAAUUUGGUAAGAAUCUUCAUUCUAAAUGCCAAACAUGUAUGCCAAAUUUUAUUUAUCUGGUUCUGUACGACUUGUCAUUUGCACUUCAACAGUGAGACAGACGUUUUCUUGGGAUAGAUUGACAGAAAUCUAGAAAUUUCGUGUAAAGUCCAUAUUUCAAAGUUUAUCUUUCCAAGUAAAGCGUUGUUGAAUUAUCUUGUUUAAAGACAGAUAGACAAAAUUUUAAAAAUGUUUUUCUCAGGUAAUGGGAUCUUUGAAACGUAAAAUAUUGUCAAAAUAUCGAGUUUGAAUUUUUGGUUGAUUGCAAUACUUUUUCUUUGUGUGCUCCGUAUAUGGGAAAGCAAAAAGGACAGAUUUCGUGAACAUAGAUAUGUGCUUUCUGUUUUUCAAAAUUAAAUUAUUAUUAACUACACGAAACUAAUUGUAAUUGAGAAAUAUCUUAGAUUUUAUCAUUUUGCCCAUUUAAUGUAAAAAACAACAAAUGAAAAAGACAGACUUCUAACAGAUUUAGUCGUUGAGUCGUCAAAAAUAAUGACUUCUUUCCUUGUUGAAAAUUUUAAUGCUUUCUGGCUCAAACUUCAGAUACUAUUAUCCGAUAAUAUAAAAAAAAAAUUCUUACGAUCAUUUUGAUAGUCCAAAAUUCUGCUACUUCCAAAAUUUCCAAUUAUUGUCAUGAAAUUUUUCACAAAAAUAAAUGCAUUCAGUAUUUUUAUUGGAUGGAAUGGCAACGUGAUUGUAAAUUAUAAGGGGAGCAUUGUUCCGAGCACUCUUUUUAUUACUAAUAAAGGCGAAUACAUCUGAUCGCAUCUUUUGGUAAUUUUCAUAGCAGAUUGCUUCACCUAGUGUUACCAAAUUCAUACAAACAAAUUAUAGAAAGAGAAAAUGUGCAUCUUGCAGAAUUUCUUUUGCAACUUUUAAACAGAAUUUUAGUUAUUUAUGAGAACGAGGAUGACACGUAGGAUGAAAAUCAUCAAGUUCGACAGCAAGAUCAGCUGGGCUGUAGCCUUGGCCUGUGGGUGCAUGAAUUUAUUGAUUCUGAUACCGAUGAAAGUCGGCGGUCUGAUUUUUGUAGAGAUCCUGGAUCGGUACCACGUCGGCAGAAACCUGGCUGGCUAUCCAACGUUUACUAUCACUCUGAUGCGAAGCACAACUGGACCGUUAGUCGGAUAUUUUGCAGAGAGAUUUGGAAUGAACGGAGUGAUGAUUCUCGGAAGCAUAUUGUCGGCUGCAGGAAUAUCAGCCUGCUUCUUUGCUGAAGAUAUUGCAGUGGUGAUUGUUUUAUUAGGAGUCCUUCAUGGACUCGGCGUUGCCUUUCUAAACACAUUCUUGCCUAUGAUUGUGAAGAUUUAUUUUAAAAAACAUCUCACCCUAGCAUUUGGAGUGACUCAAGCAGGUGCUUGCAUCGGGGCAGUCUUCACUCCUCCUCUUCUUUUGUGGAUCUUCCGAAAUUACGGUACAUCCGGAGGGUUUCUUAUCAUAGGAGCGAUGGUUCUGAACAGUUUGCCUAUCGUUAUGAUUAUCAACAUUUUAUCACCUGAUAGAACUUCCAGCAAGUCGGUGAAAUCUAAAGAGUGCACAAAAGAACAGUUAGAAACAGGAGCAACUACAACGGUCCAUUUUCUCGAUGGUGAAGAUAAUGCUCUGACAUAUAUCACUGGUGGUAAAGAAGAAAAAGUCGUAAAGGUGAGCGAGAAGAAUAUUAUUUCAAAAAUACAAAAUAGUCCCGAAAGUGAGGAUGUAGCUUCUUUAGUACUGAACAGUCCUGAGUGUGAUCACGCAGAAGUCGCUACAGAUGGAACCGAUGCUAAGGUGUUAGGUCCUUUAAGUCACUUUAAUAUGUGCAAAAUUUCAGCGGAAAACGCGGACUCAGAAACGGGAAAGAAAGGAAUAGAGCUAUUGUUGGAUAAAUUUGUAAAGGCUUCAGAAAUCAAACAACAAAAACAGAAUCACAAAGAGGAAAUUAAAAUAACUGCAAGUAAAACGAUUAUUCAAUUUCAAAAUUAUUUUGAAGAAGAGUUCAUUCCUUGCGUGGAUAUUAAAACAAAAUCGAUAGACAAGGAUUGUGAAGAAAAUGUGCAACAAUCAAAUGAUUAUACAUAUUCAAAGAAAAGAUUUAAAUACAAAGCUGAAGUAAGCAAUAAAGAUACACAAGAACAAACAUUAAAAAGUGCAAAUGACCGUGAUCGUGUCAAAGACAGUAACAUUCACACACCUCCAUGUAAUUUUGUGAAUAAUAUAUCAUGUGGAAGUUUAACAUUUCCUACAAAGACUCAAUUGCAGCCAGUGACAGAAACUGAAGAAAUUACUUUUCCGGUUCUCAAUAUUUUUAAUUCAAAAUCUUUAGAAUCCAUGCUGCCAUGCAAUCAACAAUUUCAUCAAAGAGAAGUGUUACAAAUUGAUGAACAACGUUCAACAAGGGCAACAAACGCAAACAAAUCUUUAAAGAUUUUUCUGGACGUAACAUUUUGGAUUGUUAUAAUAACGCACAGUCUCCAUUUGUUCGUUUUUGUAAUGUUUUGGACCACCAUGAUAGACUUCUCAAGGGACAAAAACGUUGACAGAAGCAUGGAGGUGUAUUUGUUGAUGGUUUUACCCAUAGCAGAAAUAGCAGGUCGUUUAGGCUUAGGUUGGGUAACUGAUUGUAAUUAUCUAACUAAAAUAAAUUUUUGUGUCGUUUUUUUCACACUGAUGGGUUGUUCCUGCUCGCUUAUGGCAUGGGCUCAUGAUAUUUAUACCGUGAUGGGAGGCAUUCUCGUAUUUGGUGUUUCUUCCAGUGGGCUUAUAUCAGUGUUUCCAAUGGUAAUUUUUGCAUUUUUUGACACAGCAAACCAUACAAUGGGACAGGCUUCAAGUUUUUGUCUGUUCGGUCCUCUCAGUUUUCUUAAUGGCCCGAUGAUAGGAUAUUUCAGAGACACAGUGGGAUCUUACUCUUGGCUGUAUCACACACUCGCAGUGGUGUCGGUGGCUUGUGGAGCUCUCUCAGCCUUGAUCCCGGUGCUUGCCAGGAUCAGAGACGAGAAAAGGAAAAAGAAGAGAACAAGUUGAAAAUGUCAUUCAAGAAGACAAAUAUUUACACUUCACCAAGAUAACUUAAAAUUAAAAAUACUACAAAGACACAGCUGUUUUACAUUAGCACUAAAACAGUAUAAUAGAAUUAACACAGAAGAGGAUUUCUAAAUUGAAUGACUUAAAACGAAACUUAAAAUGUAGUUAUUGUUAAAUUUUUCUAGUUAUUUUCACCCAAAUGCUGGUAUGCUCACAAUACGAGAACGGACGUUUUCUAUAAACCUUAAAAUAAUAAAUAAGGCAACAAUAUAUAGAACAGUAAUGAAAAUUUCUAUAGAAAAUUAAAAUAUAUUAUGAAUGGGAUCACAGUUCCAAUUUCUAGCAUUCCUGUCUGACUAUCGAGCUUCUACAAUUUUUGCUUUCAAUUUCAGAAUCUUGGUUAAUAAAUUUUCUUACUUUAUAGUGUGCUGAUAAAAGAUAAAUUUUUGAAAAAGGUUAUAAUAAUUAUAAUUUUUCUUAAAACUCGAAAUGAAGGGCAAAAAAGUUUGUCAGCCAGUAUUAAAAAAUAUUAACACACACUCGUUAAAAAAAAAUAUACAGAAUUAUCGACUUGGAAAUUAUCUACUCGUGAAUAUGUACUUCUAUGGAUUUUUUUUUUAUUUCUUUAAGUAUUGAUCAAAACAAUUGAGCAUUUUCUUUUACGUAACUGCUAAUAUUACGUAGCUCCUAUAAAGUUCUAUAACAAUUAGAUAACCGCAAUGUGCAAUUUUUAUAAAAUAUUCUGUUAUUUGUGA